AUGUACUCGGAGCGGAAGGAAAGCCGUAGCUACGACAUGUGCGUCUUCGUUUCAUCUUGCCCGCCCUCGCCGCCGCGCCCUCGCCCGCGUCGCGAGAGCCAAACGGCCCGGGCUCUCCAGGAACACGUCUUCUACGCCGUGACCUUCCUAUCGCAGAUUCACCGAAGUAAUAACCCUCUCAACACCAAUAAGCUGCCAUCUCAUUACACCAUGGCGACAAAGAAGGAUAUGAGGCGGGAGGAUCUGAUCGUGCCCUAUACGGAGGCGGCAGCAGACAAGGAGGGCUCGUCGGACUUCAACAGCACAAUGACCAGCACUCUGCCAAUGGCCGCGAUUUUCACAAGAAACAAAUUGCUGGGUUGGACCGCCGUCCUUUUCGCCGUCCAGGGCUGGCUAUCAGAGACCGAGGCGCAGCGAGCUGCUGCAUCACAGCCCGGAUACUUCUCUGUUGGCAUGUCCUUGCUCUCUUUGUGCGUAGGCUACAUGCCUCUUUUCAUGCCACCAGUGGCGGGCAAGGUCGGCGGAGCAAGUGGAACGGAGGCGCCCGCAGCAGCUCCCCAAUAG